ACUGUCCCCCGAGCCGUUGGCUGGAGUGGGUGAAAAUGCACAUGGCUGUAUAUUUAUCCCUUCUUCCUGGAAACCUUUUCGGUUAUAUGAAGACAUUUUAAAGCGCAGGAACAAGAACAAAUGGAUCCAGCUGUCAUGGAGAAGCAGGAACCCCUCGUGACUCCUGAGCAGGAUGCUCUGAAUCAUAUUGCUGAUGGCAGAGACAAACCCUGUCUAGAACAACGAUUUAUAAACUCCUUUAAAGGAAAAGGUGUCUUCACCCUUAAAACCAUCAAACGCUCCAUGUUUGUUGUGGAGUAUCGAGGCCAAAUCUUUGAACGAGACUUGAGGCCUGAGAGGACGUGUCCAGAUCUGAACAGGUCCCUGUUUGAGUUCUCAUGGAAGGGAGAACAAUGGUGUAUUGAUGCUUCCAAAGAGGACCAGACUCUUGGAAGACUAGUGAAUAAUGACCAUGUGAGUCCAAACUGUAUAAUGAAGAAGAUUGAGUUUGGGGGAAAGCCACACUUGUGUUUAUUCGCUGCAGAGGACAUCUCUGCAGGAGAGGAGAUCACAUACAGCUACGGGGCCUGGGGGGACUCGUGGCGCUCAGAGGAGUUCAGUGAAGAAAUAAAAGCUUCAAACUCAAAUCCUUUUUCAUCAACACCAAGAAACAGAAGGAGCAUCGCCACCCCCAUCUCCUACCGUGAGAUGUCCUGCUCCGACAGUGACAGCAGAGCUUCUUCUGAUUUUGAGUUCAGCUCGGAGUUUAAAGAGAUGAUGAGAAAGAAGGGGGGCCGCCCCUCGGAUGGGGACGGUAAAAGCACUGAGGAUGAAUCAGAGGAGCACAACCAAACUUUUACCACUAAAAAUUACUGCUAUGUAUGCGGCAAAGGCAAAGCCAAACUGUCCCGUCACUUUCAAAAACACGCUGCGGAGGAGCCGGAAAUCGCAGAGGCUCUGGCUUUGCCCAAAGGCUCCUCGGAGCGAAAGGGACUGCUGAACGUAUUACGGAGCAGAGGGAACCACGAACACAAUCAGAAAGUGUUGACAACCAAACGCGGAUCCCUGAAACUGUUACAUCGCCCGAAAACAAAGACUGUGAAAACAAAGAAAUAUGUGCACUGCCCAUACUGUAAAGGCAUGAUCGUAAAUGUAGACACCCACUCGCACGUCGUCAUGUGUGUCAAGAGAAAAUCAACGGUGGCUGCGGUUCGUAGAGCAGGAAGACCUGGGGAUGUUCCUCCUGACAGUUGGGAAAUGGAGCAAAAAGUUCCACAUGAUGUCACACGGAUACUGUCGUCCAUGAAGCAGGAUGAGAUUACACUCGUCCUUCAGAAUGAUGACGCGCUCAUCCAGCUUGCUCUGAGUCUGAUAGAGGAGCAUGGAAGUGAUCCCGGCAAAGAGGAUUAUAUCCGGAGGAGGCUGAGGGACAUGGGGAGACUCCUGUUUAGGCUGCAUGAGAAAAGCAUUUUAAAACUAGAAGAUGCAUUUCAACCCAAACACUUUGGAAAAGUUUUGAAGGUCGUAAAAGCCCUGGCUGACUUUAAUGUAAAAAUUCAAACCUACAACAAGCCAGGCCGUGCUUUGAAAAUAGCCGAGUCCCUCAAGAAGAUUGGCCACAUCUUCCUCAAUCGGUCCAAAAGCAAGGAGGAAACGAAGGAAGAUGUCAGCGCAUUUUUGGAACUGUGUGAGAAAGAGUGGCUUGAACGCCCUCCUCCGAAAAGCAUCUCCCAGUCGAGCAACCAAAAGGUCAGCAGUCUGUCCACAAUCCCGUUCACACAGGACGUGCAGCGUCUCCACACCUACCUGGAGAAUUCAUCUGCCUCCGCUGUUGAAAGCUUGACAGCCCAUGAAAACGCUCAGGCCUUCAUCUCACUAUCCAAGCUGACACUCACACAGGCGAUGCUCUUAAACCCGUUCAGUCUGAACGUUUCAAAACUGACCCUGAGGUCUUUCCAGGAGAGGGACGACUCCCCCCAGGUGUUGUUCAAUCACUUCGUCACGGUUAACAUUUCGGGCGAGACCGGCCGGAGCGUUCCCAUUCUGUUGACCUCUCAGCUCGUCAGUGCGCUAACACUGCUAAUCAGCAAGAGGGUGUUAUAUGGUGUGCACAAGGACAAUCCCCUCCUGUUCGCAAAGCCAGACGGUUCUGCUACAGGACACUAUGGUGGGAGAGGCUGCAUCCAGGAUUUUUCACACCUGUAUCAUGCAAGCAAACCAGAACAUCUCACAUCAGGGCAAUUCCACUACCACACUGCAAGGAUUUUCCAGAUCCUCAGUCUGGAAAAUGAUGAACUUGAGUAUCUCUCUAUGCUCCUGGGCCAUGAAAUCCAGACUGAUCGGCAUUAUUACCGAAAUCCAGAGGCAGCGGUUGAGCUGGCAAAAAUUGCUAAACUACUGUUAGCGAUGGAAAAAGGCUCACUGGAGAGAGUCAAAGGAAAAUCUCUAGAGGACAUUGAGAUUGAAGAUGUUCUAGAGCCAGACAAGCAGCCGAAGAACCUUGGGAGGGGUGGAGCCAAAGAAGACACGAACAAAGCCCUUUUUUUACUUCAGAAAAAAGAGGAUGUGGAGCUGAAGCUGAGAGCGGAGGAGGACGCGCUGGAGCACAUAAAGAGUCGCAGGGACAAGAGCUUCCUGCAGGAGAAGUUCAUUGACUCCUUCAAAGGAAAAGGUCUGUUCACAUGUGAAUCCAUUGAACCAUCCUCGUUUGUCGUAGAGUAUCGGGGGAACAUCUUUGCUCGGGGUGAAGGCAAACAUGAUGACACUGUAGAAAAUUACAUAUUUAACUUUUCAUGGAACAGAACAAACUGGUGUGUUGAUGCUUCAGCAGAAGACGGCUCCCUUGGGAGGUUUGUGAACGAUGAGCAGAAAAACCCCUCCUGUGAACUGAAGACGGUCGUCUAUGAAGGGAAACCGCAUUUGUGUCUUUUUGCUCUGAAGAAAAUAUCACCAGGAGAGGAAAUAACUUUUAACUAUGGAAACAGAUUCUAUCCGUGGCGCUCAGAGGAGGAAGACUCUGCUGAAUCCUCUUCGUAUGAAUACUCCUACGGCGAUGAAGACUCAAACUUUCAUGAGAGCUUCUCCAGGUCUGAAGCGUCUUCUGAAAGUGAAGGACUUCCCAGUUUGGACGAUUCUGACUCCGUCACCCAAGACUUGCGAUGCACCACAAAGAAUUUCUGCUUUGUUUGUGGGGAACCUAAGGGCAAAAUGUCUCGCCACUUGAAGACCCACAUAGCCCAAGUGCCUGAGAUCGCCGAGGUGUUCAAACUGCGCCGCAACAGCAAAGAACGCAAAAGAGAGCUGGCAAAGCUCAGAAACAAAGGCAACCAGAUGCACAACAAGCACGUCUUGAAGACUCGACAAGGGGAGUUGAAAAUCAGGAAAAAACUGAGCAAGUCUUCUCUCGAAACCUUUGCAGUUUGUAUUUAUUGUAAAGACAUGUUCUGUCGGAAAACCUUAUGGCAACACAUGCAGAACUGUCCCUCAAAGGUUUCAAACCCCCCAGCACGAGGCAGCAGUCAGAUCUUGGCUGGGGUGGCUGCGAGGUUAAUAGACCCCAAGUGCAUAUCGUCCGACAUGAAGAAAUUUUUGGAAGCAUUAAAAGAGGAUGAAGUUGGCCGUGAGGUCUUGAAGGAUCCUUACCUGCUGCAGCUGGCGCAGUGUAUAUUCUCCACAUUCAAGGGUAAAUGGAAAGACACACACGUUAGACGCAGGCUCAGACAGAUGGGGAGACUUCUACUGAUAUUACAGGAAAAGUGUAUAAACCGUUUUGAAGAAGCUCUGAAACCCCAGAACUUCCCAGGUCUCCUUGAAGCUGUGAAAAAAGUAACUGGUUCCGACAAAGACCCCAAGUACUCUCAGAGAGCCACAGCGGAGAUCGCAAACUCUCUGAGGAAGCUGGCUGACAUUAAAUACGCCAUGAGUCUGAAUGGCGACGGGGACAGAGAAGCGGCGCGGGAGUCCAAGGAAUUUAUGAAACUCUGUCUGGAGGAAUGGCCAGCGAAAAAUGCAGUUCAGACGAUUAUCUCCAGCCUGUCAACCAUACCGUUUAUUCAAGACGUACAAGUUCUGUACCAGUUCACCCAGGAGACAGUAGCCUCUGCGGCCGAAACCCUGACUAACUUUGGAAGUGCCCCUGUUUAUACUGCCCUUCUCAGGGGGAUAAUUGCCUUUAUUUCAUUUCUGAACGGGGUAGAAAUGGCACAUGUGACUCUUAAGUCAUUCCAGGAAAGAAGGGAGGAUGAGAAUACUACUCUUUGUGAGUUUGAGCAGAUUUUGGCAAAGAGAACAGUAAAAAUCAAUGUUGCCAACCAGAAGGACAAAAAGAUAGUCAUUGUCCUUACUCCCGAUCUGCUCUCUGCGACCGAACUGCUAGUAGAGAAGAGAGGAGUUUGUGGCGUCCAUGAAAAUAAUCCCUAUUUAUUCGCCAAGCCGUCGGCCUCCAUGUUAAGCACCUACAGUAUGGCCACCAUCACCAAGAUGUUUGUGAGUCGCUGUGGUGCAAGGCAGACGGAGAACCUCAAGUCUGCUUUUUUCCGCAAGUAUGUGAAAAUGGUUUUCCAGAUUCUGGUUUUGGGGAACGAGGAGCUCGGUCAGUUAGCCAAACUGUUGGGUCGUGACAUUCCGACUCAGAGAGAGUACUACCAGACUCCUGAGGCAUCGGCGGACAUCGCAAGAAUCCUGGAACUGCUUUCAGCAGUAAGCACUGGAUCUUUGGAAAUCUUUAAAGGAAAGUCUUUGGGUGAGAUCGAGAUACCAGAUCAACUGCUUCCAGUUACUGAGAAGAACAGUGCGACAAAGACAGGAAAAUCUGAAGAUGCUGCUCAGGAGAGAGCUAAAAAAAGGAAAAGUUCCUCUUCAAAGAACCCAGGCAAGCAAAAAAGGAAGAGGAGCCAGAAUGGAGACGAUCAAAUGGAAGCACAAAACACGAAAACUAUUGAAAGUUUAAAGGAAACGGCAGCAGAAAAAGUCGUCGACGCUCCAGCUCACAGCAAAGACACAGCGAUUUGUUUCAGUGAUGAUGACAAGGACAUGCACGUGGACUUUGAUAUGAACUUUGAAACGGACAGCAGUAACGAUGAGGAUGUGGGAAAUGGAGCAGAUGAGGCUAUGGAUGAUUCAGAUGCAGGUUCUGAAGGCCCAGCGAAUCAUGGUGGAGAUGUGGUAAAGGAGGUCAGCGAGGCUCAAUGUGGGACGGAGAAAGACACCUCAGGAGACCACAACGCGAAUGAACAGUAUGUGAACGAAAAAGUUCCUGAAAAUGCAGAGGCUGACAAGUAUAGUACAUUGUCAUCCUCCUUCAGUAAGGGGAAAAAGUUUCCUUUAAUGAUAAAGGAAGUGAAAAUUCUGCUUCCAAAGCUAAGUGUCGAGGAGCUAAAGGCUUUGCUUCACCCUCCAAGGCCUUCAGGGGACCCUCAGUUGGUGGAGGAUCAGCCUGACCUCCACACCAGAAAGCAGAGGGAUUCAACAGCCUCACCCACAGAGGAAACUCCCACAUGUACAGAGAAAUUGCAGAUGAGCUGCUCCAACUGCAAGAAGACUAUGAUGCGGGGCCACACUGCCUACCAGAAGAAGGGCUUUGAGGAUGUUUUCUGCUCUAAACUAUGCCUGUUCAAGAGGUUUUCAGCCAACGGUGGAGCCUCAAAGAAAUGUCACCUCUGUUUAAAGAAGAUCUCCAAGCCUCUUGACCUCGUCAUGGCAGUCGUGGACCUUAGGGGGACAACAAAAGAAUUUUGCAGCACCACCUGUUUGUGUUAUUUUAAGACAAAACACUUUCGAAUACGGAAGUCUGUCCACAGCAAAUCCACAACAAUAUCCCCCCAGAUCCCCCCAUCACGCUGCAGCCUGUGCAACAAAACCUGCAGUACAAGUCAUGAGGUGGACCUUGAUGACGCCAUCCACAACUUUUGCAGCGACGCGUGCUUGGAAGAUUUCUGCAGGGUCAACAUGGGUGUCUGCUUGUCCUGCGGCGCCACGUGCUGCAAGAAACCCCUCAGACUGAAGCUGAUCGACGCUACCAAAGUCCUCUGUGACACUAAAUGUCUAGAAGAAUUCAAAGAGAGAACGGACAUAUACUAUCAGUGCCACAAGUGCCAAAAUUACCUGCCCAUGUCAGACAUGCUUCACCACAGAAAUAAUGACUACAACGUGGAGCUCUUCUGCAAUUGGGACUGUCUGUCGAGUUACAAGGAGAAAUGCAUCGAAGAGCAAGAAAACUCAGACUUGAAGAACAAAGAAGGGAAGCAGUCAGAGCAGACAUCAAAAGCUGAUGAAGAACAGCUCUCCUCAGACUCAGCUGUUCAGGAGGGCAGCGGCUCCCUGUCAGAGGAGGCGCCACAUCCCACCGUCUCCCUUGUGGAUGCCAUCUGUUGCAUCUGCAGCAAAGAAUUGAUUACAGGUUCCUCAAAAUACCAGAUAAAUACAGAGGUUUUCUGCUCUGUCCCUUGUGUCAAGGAAAAACAUCCUCACAUUAAGUAUGGCUUUAAGGUGUGCCAAAACUGCUUCAAUGUGAUAAAGCGACCACAAAACCUCAUCCUGGCUCCGGUGGACGACUCGGGAGUGAUGAUGGAGUUGUGCAGCAACAAAUGCCUCAGUGCUGUCAAAACCAAGAGGAAGACAGCUGCCGUGAAGCCCCAGCCACAACAGGGGCCCUGUUCCCUUUGCAAGAUGUGUGCCAUGUACUGCUAUUGUAAGCUUCAGGAAACCAUUGACAACGAGGUCCACGGGUUCUGCAGCCAGUCCUGCUUAGUCAAUUACCACAAAAUCAACAAGCAGACCUGUUCCGUGUGCGACGUGUGCAGCAAAGUCUACCUGGACAAGCGGCUCACGGUGACGACGGAGGGCAGCAGGAAAAACAUCUGUGGAGACGUGUGUCUUGUCAAGUUCAAGGAGAGAAUCCUAACGCUUCUUACUUGCCCGACGUGCUGUACGUCCCACCGGAUGUCAGACAUGAUUGAAAAUAAAGACUGCGAGGCGGAACUGAAGUUCUUCUGCAGCCACAGAUGUCUGACGGUGCACAAGGCCCAGACAAUCACCACAUCAGACACUAAGAGUCCUUCAUUUGAUGAUGAAGAUGUAAAAGAAGUGAAGCCGCUUCUGCCAAAUCUAAACUCCACGGGUGGUGUGAUGACAUCCAUUGUUUCCCCUAAAAAGCAGGGACACAAGAUAAAAGAGGAGAAAAUUGAUGAAGACUACAACCGAGGCCUACCUGCCUCCAUGUUUCUGCAGAACGUCAAAGAUGAGCCAGAUGUGAAGAAGGAAGACUUGAGGAUUUCCUCCGUGUUUUCUAUAAAAGAGGAAUCCAAACCUGCACAGCCCGUCUCAAAGCAAACAGAUUUACCCUCAUUCUGCUCCGCCUGCAAGACCGUGCUGAGAGACGGAGAGACUGUUUACCAGAGGAAAGGCCAUGGCGACAUCUUCUGCUCCACUUCCUGUUUGCUCAAGUUCCACCAAAAUAAAACAGUGAAGACGUGCCACUUCUGCCUCCAGAUGAUCUCACAGCCACAGGCCGCCGUCCAGGUCCUGGUGAAGAAUGAGGCAACCAAGGACUUCUGCAGCCAAACAUGUCUGUCCUCCUUUAACUACAAGAGCAUCAUGUCUACAAAAAUCUCCAUCGCUGGGCUUCCUUCUCAGUCCCAGUGCAGUGUUUGCUGCAGAUACUGCAUAAGCAAACAUGAGGUCAUACAUCAAGAAGUCGUCCAUAAGAUCUGCAGCAUCCCUUGCUUGCAUCGUUUCUGCAACAUCAACAGCCUGUCGGUCUGUGAGAACUGCCAAGCCUGCAGCAAGACACCGCUCAUGCUCAAGAUGGAGGACGGACACAAAGCUCUCUGCAGCACCGAGUGUUUGUCUCACUUCAGCCAGAAAAUCCAAACCCCGCAGCUGUGCUCCCUAUGCGGCACCUCUGCUGUCAUGUCUAACAUGAUUCCACACAAAAACAGAGAAGGACUGCUGGAGCUCUUCUGCACCAACAGUUGUUUGAUGGCAUCCAAGAUGCAGGUCUUAGGUGCAACAGGCAGUGAGUUAAACUGCAACAACUGCGGUGCAGAACCUGCAUGUCAUCUCACCAUGUCCGACGCAUCCAUCAGAGGCUUCUGCACUCUGGCUUGUGCAAUUUCUUUUAAGGAGACCCACAAGGACCAGAGCGAGGCUGCAAACGCUCAAGAAACGAGCAUCCCAAUGGAAACCAACCUCUCCGGUUCGCCCAACAAACCAGCGUGCGCUCAGUGUCGGCAGAUCAUUCACACCCCACCCACUGUCAUCCAUUACAAAGGAGGGAUGAACUUUGUGUGCAGCCCCGUCUGUGCUCAGGAGUUCAAGAGGAUCAAUAACAUCUCAAGCUUGUGUGAAUACUGCAAGAAUGAGAGACUCAUCAAUGAGGUCAAGAAGGUCAAUAACAAGGACUGCUGCUUCUGCAGUGAGGGCUGCAAGAUCCUCUUUCAUUAUGAGCUGGAGAAGAAGUGGGGUAAACAUUGUCAGUCGUGCACCUUCUGCCUCUCCGUCUCCAAGACUGUGCUGACGGUCCACGAUGAAGAGUUGGAGAAGGAGUUUUGCUCUGCAGAGUGCAGCUUCCGUUACACAAGCCUCCGAAGUCAUGAGUCUGCAUGCGACAUGUGCAGUCACACAGGGAGACUGAAGGAGAGUCUUCCUCUGCUGGGAGAGGUCAAACACUUCUGCGAUCUGAAGUGUCUCCUGCUCUACUGCAGUAAGGAGGUGCAGGUGGUUCAUACAGGUUCUUUAGCUUCUAGAUCUGUGGGUUCGGGGGACUCUUUGCCGUACAUCACCAGCAUCAUCUCGCUGUCCAACUCUGUGGCCCCCCCUGCUCAGCCCGGAGCUUUGACCGACAUCCAAUCUAAAGUUGUUGGACAUGCCAGUAUUCAGACAGAUCCCGUGGAGCUGAAGAACAAAUCUGUGUUCUGUGUUCCUGUGGUUCACAACAAAGGGACCUCCUGCACAGUGCGCACUGUUGAAAAGCAAACCCAAACAGUCACUAUAAAGCAAAAAGUUCCUCCCGCAAAGUCGGUCCUGCCUUUGCCUGUGCCAGUGUACAUCCCUCUGCCCAUGAGCAUGUACAGCCAGAUCACGCCACAGCCUGUCGCCCUGCCUGUACUGCUGCCGGUGCCCGUGUUCCUCUCUGAGAAGCCUGACAGCUCUGAACAAAAGCCAACUCCAGCUGAAGCCUUCAAAGCAGACAUCAGCUGCAGCCUGGAAAAGGAGAUGAACCAUCGGACGGAGCAGGAGGAUCAUGGGAAAGAGGAGAACCAAAGGCAGCAAAUUUUAUCUCAUGUGACUUCCCCUGUAAUGCUUCAGACUGUUGGUGAUGGAGACGGUGGCCCCGUCAGUGUUGAUCUUGUCAGCUUUAAUGACCACCCGGUUGCAGAUCCUGACCUUCAGCUCGCCCCCAGUAACACAGAAAAGACAGUCUAUGAGCCACUGAGUGAAACACCACCGCUAGAUCCAGGUCUGGGCACAUCCUGCUGUCACCCCCCUGACCUGCCUCCUCAGAAACCAUCAAGCCCUUCACCCUCUCCACUCGUGAACAUACACGACAAGCAGGAGUGGGCUCACAAUGAGGAGACAUCUCAGCAGAGGAGUUCGAAGGCCACAUCUCAGAGACCUCUUUGUGUAAAGAGUAAAUAUGGAGUCCUUUCAUGGAGGAAGUGGAUCCAACGGAGAAAAUCCAAAGCAGAUGUGGACCAUGUUUCCUCCUCCGCUGUGAAGUUAAAGGCAGACAUUCUUGGGUGUUCUUCCUCCGAGCUGAACGAGAGCCUCCGCCUCUUCGUCAGAGAGAUGAAACAACGGAAUGGGGAACCUUAUUCCCCCGACAGGCUUUUCUACCUCUGCCUCUGCAUCCAGAAGUAUCUGUUUGAGAACAUGCGUGCAGAAAACAUCUUCAGUGAUCAGACCUACCACACGUUCUCCCUGGAGCUCACCAGGAUCCUGAUGCAGUUCAGACCAUCCCUCACAGGCAGAGGAGUCAUCCGUUCCUAUGUGGAGGAACAAUUCCUGUGGGACUGUAAGCAGCUGGGGGUGUACUCCCCCAUGACCCUCCUCAACACUCUGCUCUUCUUCUUCUGCAAGUACUUCCACUUCACCACCAUGGAGCAGCACCUCCAGCUCUCCUUCGCCCAGCUCAAGACAUGCAUCAGAUCUAAGGAGGAUGGACGAGAAACCGCCGUUCUCCGCUUCCAACUCCCCACGUCCUCAAACCAGGAGGAGCCAGGGGCAGAUGUUGUUCCAGCAAAGAAGCUCAGGUUGAAUGACGGUGAAGAUUUCCUAGAGAUUGAGGAGAACUCAGCGAUCCCUUCCCAAUGUCCCGUUAGGCUCUUUAAGUUCUACAUCUCCAAGUGCUCGGAGUCGACGACAUGCCGAGACGAUGUUUUCUAUCUUCAGCCGGGUCAGAGCUGCGUUCCCAGCAGCCCCCUGUGGUUCUCGUCCACUCCUCUGGAUGACGCCACCAUAGAAGCCAUGAUGGUACGAAUCCUCACCAUCAGAGAGAUGCAAAGGGACAAGAAGCAAAGCACCUUUCCAAAUGCACCUUAGCUAUGGUGUUAUGUUGGAAUCCACCUAAUCAUAUCAACUAGUGAAGAACACAAGAUGUCAUAACUUUACAUACUGGUCUGCUUAAUAAGACUACAUAAUAAGAAUAAGACUUCAUCUGAAGGUUUUUCAGGAUAACAAUAAAUGUAGAAUUUCUUUUUUUUUUUUUUUUUUACACAUUUUAGGAUUUUUCUUUAACCAGCUGCUAACACUUUUAUUUUUAAUUUUCUUUUGAUAGAGUUCAUAUGUUUUUCAAGAAAUAAAAUAUUUU